AUGGCCCCGUCUCGCCGUCGAUCGAAACUCGUUUCCUUGUUCGCUUCAGGCGUUUGCCUGGUAGCGACUCACGCGUGGAACGCUGGUGCACAAGAAAUCGUUCCGCUCAUCGCAGGAAAUGAAGAUGUGGCUGCCGCUUUGGAGGAAUGCCCUACUGGUUACAACCUCGACGGUGGAGUUUGUAAGAAGGAAAUUGCCAGGAGGCCCAUGACGCUGUGUCCGCCUCGCGCAUCCUUCGAGGGCGGGGAGUGCGUAACCGAGAAGGAAGUGAAAAGCGUGUUGACAUGCGGCGCGGACGAGCUGUUGGUAGGCGACCGGUGUGAAGUGGAAGAGUUCAUCAAGGCUUUGGCUAGCUGUCCACGGGACUACACGUUCACUGGGGCGGCGUGCAUGCGUUCCCAGGAGUCGAAGGCUCAGCAGUACUGCGACGACGGCUACAAGCUGUCGAGCGGGGAUCUCUGCCUGCGCGACAUCAAGGAGAAGCCUGAGGCAGUUUGUCCACCCGGCGCGCGGCAGCAAGGUGACAAGUGCUUCAUUCUGGAAAGCUCCCCGCCACACGUGGCGUGCAGUCGAGGCUUUGAACUCGAGAGCGGCAUGUGCGUCCGCGUCGAGACAGUGCGUCCGGAGCAAAGAUGCCCCCACGGGUAUCGCCUGGAUGGCGGCAUCUGUCGAAAUGUCGUGCGGCUGCAGCCGAACGCAGUGUGUCCAGCUGGGCACGACUUCAAUGGGAAAGAAUGUGUGAUGUCGCAGCUCGCAGAGCCGACACUGAAGUGUGACGACGGGUACCAGCUCGAAGGCACCGUCUGCGUGAAGCGGCUGGAGAAGGCAGCCAAGCCCGAGUGUCCGGCAAAGUACGAGUACAGGAACAACGUGUGCAUCAAGCAGACGGCUGUGAAGCCGCGGAGCGAGUGUCCAGAAGGCAGCGUCGAGGCGGCCGGGCCGGGCAAAACGUGCGAAGCGGUCCACAUUGCGGACUCUUCGCUCGUGUGUCCGAACGACUUCUCGAUCUACAACGGCCAGUGCGUGCGGAAAACCACGGGACCGAUGCACCAGGAAUGCGCCUUGGGCUUCCGAAACACCCGCGAAGGCGUCUGCGUGCGCGAAACCCACCAGAAAGCCGAAAAACGCUGCCCGGAGGGCCUCGAGUUGUCCGGGGACGGUGUAUGUACAGCCCAAGACAGCGCGCCCGCGCACCUCGUGUGUGACCAAGGGGAACUCACUCCCCAGGGAACGUGCGUCCGGGUUUUCACCGCCGAAACGCUUUUCACGUGUCCUCGCGGGUUCAAACUCCGCGAACCCGACUGCAUCAGACAAGUCCAAAAGGCCGCCGCGGCCACCUGUCCAGAAAACGCAAAGAUGCGCGGGGGAAACUGCAUCGUCCUCGAGAGAUUCCCUGCCUCGGACAACUGCGAAGACGACUACGUCAGUGACGGGCAUUCCAGUUGCAUCAAGUACGACAUAAAAAGCCCCAAACGCACCUGUCCGCGCGCGUAUCGCCUCUUCAACACAGUCUGCGUCAAACGCUUAUUCCGCCUCUAAGCGGAAGCAACUCGAGACUCGACGAAACGAAGGGGAAUGCGGAAUGUCGAGGUCCAUAUAAACUUCCGCGGAGUGUGCACUACGCGUUGGACUUCUGCGUUCAUAUAAACUGCGUCUGGAGAGCGUAUACUGCGACCUGGAGAACUGGUUCAUAUCUUGAAGGUCGUUGUUUACCGGCACCAAGUUCGGUUGCAGUUUUCACUGUCUAGCGCACGAGGGAGAGAAUGACAAGGACGCGUUUCUUGCUUGAGAGGUAUAGAGACACGCAUGUCAAGAGAGGAACAGACGAAUAACGGACGGAAAAGCAGAGCUUGAGGGGAGUGUCGGAAGAGAAAGGGAGACUGCAGGGAAGGAGAGCCUGCGAUGGCAUGCGCGGGACAGAGGAGAGUGGUCUAACAGGGGGGACUACGGGACCGUAGGUCAAAGGCCGAUAUAGAGUUUUUUUUUCAGCUUUUUGCCGUCUGCAGAAAGCAGAAAACUGUCGGAGGUCACUCGACGUCGCGUCGAGGACCAAAGCUGUAGGUUCCAAAUUAGUGUCAGCUUUGCAAUCCGGUUUCCGUCACUUGUCCAGUAGUAGUUUGUUGACUUUUCUCUUGUCAGGGAAGACUCCUCAGGUCUGUGUUCGAAAUACACACGCAGCUCUGCGCACUCAUGUCAAUGAGC